AUGAGUCGUCAAUAUAGUCAUAUCACUUCAACUUACCCGUCUAUUGCCGUCAUUCUAGAACCCAAGACCGCCGCCGAGGUCCACGAGUCACUGGCCCAUCCUGUCUACACCGCACGGCCAGAGGCGACGCCGGUCGCCUACCACGAUAAAGUUGAUUUGACUGUCACUUUGGGUGGAGAUGGUACCAUUCUCCAUGCGUCUUCUCUCUUUGCAACGUGUCCAAAUGUACCACCCGUGUUAUCAUUCAGCAUGGGCUCGCUCGGGUUUCUGAGCGAGUGGAAAUUCUCCGAAUUCAAGCGGGCUUUUCGAGAGGUGUAUAUGUCUGGCGCCGGCGCCGGCGAUCGAACGCCUGUACUGGAGACGGCCGUACCGUCCUCUCGUGAAGCAUUGACACAAAAUGCCGAGGAUCCUCAACCAGGACCAACGGGCUGGUCUUCGGUGAGAGGCCAGUGGAUGGGUACCACUCGGGGUGCCCCCAUUCUCAUGCGAAACCGGUUGAAAGUUGGUCUCUUCGCCGCGGAUGGCCAGGAGAUGACGCCUGUACGAGGGAAAACCGACCAUGGCGAGGGAGUUUACGUGAUGAAUGAACUUCUCAUCCAUCGUGGCAAAGAGCCUCAUCUUGCGAUCGUUGAUAUCUACCUGGGCGGUCGGUUCUUGACCGAAGCGGUCGUGGAUGGAAUCAUCAUCUCCACUCCGACGGGAAGUACCGCGUAUAGCCUCAGCAGCGGCGGCAGCAUCGUCCACCCACUUGUGCCUUCCACCCUGGUGACGCCCAUUUGUGCGAGGAGUCUCAGCUUCCGACCCCUGGUGCUGCCAUGGAGUACACCGAUCACUCUUCGGCUUAGCGAGAAGAACCGGGGGCGGGAACUGGAGGUCAGUCUGGACGGACUCAAUCUGGGCCAGGGCAUGGCCGUUGGAAUGGAAGUUCGCGUGUGGAAUGAAGAUAUGAGACAUGGGAAGAAUGAGUGGCAGGGCGGCGUGCCGAGUGUGAUGCGUCGGAGCAUGGGUGGUGAAGCCCACGAAGCAUGGGUAGGCGGGUUGAAUGGUCUACUCAAGUUCAACUAUCCUUUUGGGGAGUAG